AUGAUUCUCCACAUCUCCGGUGCACAUCACCACGACGGUGGCCAUGAUCUUGAGCGUGCCGAAGCUGAAAAGAAGUUCAGAGAAUUGGACGCUGACAUGGACAACUACUUGACGGUGGAAGAAGCACGCUCUGUACUGCAGAGCCUCAUUACAGGGGAGUUCUCAUAUGCUACUUCACAUGCCAAGUUUUUGAUGAAGGCUGAUGUUAACCAAGAUGGCAAAUUAUCGCUUGAGGAGAUGCUAGAUGACUACGUAUCCUUCUACAGCACCGUUUAUACGGAUGAUCAUUACAGCAAUGAAGUUGAUAGUGAUUCCCACGACGAGCUAUGA